GUCUUUGCAUUGCCUAUGUCCCUCGAAGAGCUCCAUUCCAUCUUCAGCGUCUUCGCCUUGCCAAUCUUUGACCUUUCAAGCAACAUCCUCCGACGAACAUCCAGAAUGGCAGACUGGACAGAAUGCAUGAACUAUGGCAUACAUAUUGCCAGAGAGGCCAGAGAGGUGAUCCUCCACGCUUUCAGGAUCAAGAAGGCCGUGAUGCUGAAGAGCUCUCCCGCCGACCUGGUGACGGAGACCGACCAGAGGGUGGAGAGGAUGCUCAUCUCCGCCAUCAAGGCCAAGUACCCUCACCACAAGUUCAUUGGUGAGGAGUCUGUCGCUGCAGGUGAGAAGCUUAUUCUAACUGAUAGCCCCACGUGGAUCAUCGACCCCAUCGAUGGCACCGCCAACUUUGUGCACAGGUUUCCCUUUGUGGCUAUUUCUAUCGCCUUUGCUGUGAAUAAGCAGACUGAGUUUGGGAUCGUCUACAGCUGUAUAGAGGACAAGCUCUACUCAGCCCAGAGAGGAAGGGGAGCUUUCUGUAAUGAUAUCCCCCUCGCCACCUCUGGUCAGGAAGAUAUCACAAAGUGUCUGCUGGUGACCGAGAUUGGGUCAGAGAGGGAUCAGCUGGCCCUGGCUACGAUGACGUCCAACAUUCACCGGCUGCUGGAGAUCCCAGUCCACGGCAUCAGGGCAGUGGGGACUGCAGCUGUGGACAUGUGCCUGAUUUCCACUGGCGGCGCCGAUGCCUACUACCACAUCGGCAUGCACUGCUGGGACAUCGCGGCCUCUGCCCUCAUAGUCAGUGAGGCCGGGGGCGUGGUCAUUGACACCAAUGGCUCGGAGUUCGACAUGAUGGCGCGGAGGGUGAUAGCCGCCAGCAGCAUGAGCGUGGCGCGGAGGAUCGCGCAGGCGAUCCAGGCUUUCCCCUGCGAACGCGACGACGACCCGCGCGCCCACCCCCAGAAGGCUCAGAUCGAGCACAGCACUGACAGCGGCAACGACGUCCACAAGAAAGCGGGCGGCCACCGGCGACUGUAAUAGCACCCGCAACUGACCGUUGGUUUUGAAAUGCAUGUCUACAACUGCCAGUAGUAAAACAAUGAAACAAA